AUGAACGAGAACCGUUAUGGUUUCCCCUCGAGUGACAAUACUGGCGGAGGGAAAAAAGGAAAGAAACGUGACCCUCCUAAUGCAAGUGUGGAUGAAAGGAUACCAGUAUUUCUGGUACAACAAAUGCCUAGUGUUGAAGGCGAAGUGUUGGGUAACCCAGUCAGGGUUCGUCGAAAUACGGGCAGUAAUACUGCAAUUAUCCGAAGAAACCUAGUGCCAAAACAACGGUUGACGGGGGAGAGUAGCAGAGUCUUACUCAUUGAUGGUUCCGCCAGAGAAGUACCAGAGGCCAAGAUUUCCGUCAACAGCCCAUACUUUAAGGGAGAGAUGACCGCACUUUGUAUAGACAAGCCGCUUUACAAAUUGGUGCAUGGUAACCUACCAGGUGUCAGAGAUCCUCACAAGCCAGAUCUUAAGUGGAAGCCUCCUAGAGUCGACAAGAGCGACAAUGUGACGCGAGACUGCAGCAUGGAAGCUGAGGAGUGUCCUCAGUAUGUUUCCGCUACGGUCAAACCUCACGAGGACAAAAUAACACCAUUGUCCGUGCCAAAAAUAAAAUGGCGUGACGUAACAAAAGACCAGUUAACAGAAGAGCAACAAAACGACAAAACAUUGAAAGCCGUGUUUGCUAAAGUCGGUAAUGAUUUCAAGUCACCAAAAGGCCACAGUUACAAGUUUCUUGAAAUAGGAGGACUUCUUUACCGAGAAUACUAUUUUGUGACAGGCAGGAAGUUUAGCCAGCUCGUCGUGCCGAAGAUCUUCAGGAAGCAUAUCCUUGAAGUCGGCAAUGAAAGUUUUAUGGCAGGGCACCAAGGCAUUCGGCGAACGACAGAUCGCAUUUUAGCGGAUUCUGACUGGCCGGAUCUGCAUGGCGACAUGAAACGGUUCGUCAAGUCCAGCGACAAGUGUCAGCGAACGACACCAAAAGGAAAAAUUGGUGUUGCGCCUCUAGAAAACAUGCCUGUAAUUCGUACGCCUUUUGAGCGUGUUGCGGUCAAGUUAAUUGAUCCGUUCUCACCGUACUCGGACCAUGGCAACCAUUACAUUUUGACUCUUAUCAACUUUGCCACCCGAUAUGCGGAUGCCAUUGCACUCCCUGCAAUUGAUGCUGCGCAUGUAGCUGAAAGACUGAUUGAGAUUUUCUCUCGAGUCGGCUUACCGAAGGAGAUCGUUACCGACCAAGGAAGAAGUUUUACAGCGGAACUCAUGGUAGAGGUGGGCCAUGUUCUUGCCAUCAAGUUUUUUCAAACGACCCCCUACCAUGCCAUGGCGAAUGGGCUCAUUGAGAAGUUUAAUGGAACGCUGAAGAUGAUGCUCAAGAGGAUUAGCCAGGAAAAACCACGAUCCAGGGACAGGUACCUCGCCCCACUCCUUUUCGCUCACAGAAAGGUGCCGCAAGCGAGCUUAGGCUUCUCGCCUUUUCAGCUAAUUUACGGUCGUCACGUGCGAGGACCACUGAGGGUGCUGAAGGAGCUGUGGAGCAAUGAAGUCAUCAACGAUUGUGCUGCUUCUCAAGCCAUUGACUCCGAAGCCCUGCGUGAAACGUUCCGAGCCAUUGUGCGGGAUGAGCUACGCAAGCUGUUGUCUUCGACGCAGCCUCCUGUGAAUUCGAUCGGGGACAUCGUGCGAGAAGAAGUCCGGCAAUUGCUUCGAAUUCUCUAA